UUUUUCCAAGUCAAAACACGUGCCCACAGGCAUCGAUCGAUCACUCGAUCAGGCCAUAUCAUCCUGCACCGCAUUCCGGAACCAAAGGAGCACGUACAGGCGCCGGCCAUGGCCACACUCGCAUUCGCGGUGCGCCGGAGGGAGCCGGUGCUCGUCGGCCCUGCCGCGCCGACGCCGCGCGAGACGAAGCGCCUGUCCGACAUCGACGACCAGGAGACGCUGCGCUCGCAGGUCCCGUUCCUCCUCUUCUACCGUGGCGGGGCGCGCGCGCAUGGCGACGGCCGCGACGACCCGGCAGGUGUGAUCCGCCGCGCUCUCGGCGAGGCGCUCGUGCCGUACUACCCGCUCGCCGGGCGGCUGCGGGAGGUCGAGGAGCGGAAGCUGGUCGUCGACUGCACCGGCGAGGGGGUGAUGUUCGUCGAGGCCGACGCCGACGUGCGGCUGGCGGAGCUGGAGGCGGCCGGGCUGAGGCCGCCGUUCCCGUGCAUGGACCAGCUGCUGUUCGACGUGGACGGCUCCGGCGGCGUGCUCAACUGCCCCGUGCUGCUCAUCCAGGUGACCCGGCUGCUCUGCGGCGGCUUCGUCCUCGCGCUCCGCCUCAACCACACCAUCUGCGACGCCAUCGGCCUCGCCCAGUUCAUGUCCGCCGCGGCCGAGAUCGCCCGCGGCCUCCCCGCGCCGACCAUCGAGCCCGCAUGGUCCCGCGAGCUCCUGGAAGCGCGCCGCCCGCCAAAGCCGGCGUUCCCUCACCGUGAGUUCGACCCGGUGCCGCCGCCUCCGCCGCCGCCUGGCGACAUGGUCAUGCGGACCUUCACCUUUGGUCCAGACGACGUCGCCGCGAUCCAAAGGGGCAUCCCUCCGAAACUCGCGGCCACGACCUUCGAGGCGCUCACGGCGGCCAUCUGGCGCGCCCGCACGGCCGCGCUCGAGCUCCCGCCGGACGAGGAGGUGCGCGCGGUGGCCAUCGUCAACUUCCGCGGCGUGCCCGAGCUGGGGCUCCCCGCCGGAUACUACGGGAACGCGUGCGUGCCCGUGGCCGCGCUGACCACCGCGGGGGCGCUGCUGGCCGGCUCACUGGGCGACGCGGUGGAGCUGGUGCGGGGGACCAAGGCGGCGGUGACCGCGGAGUACGUGUGGUCGGCGGUGGACCUGCUGGUGCUGCGCGGGCGGCCGUUCGUGGCGAUGGCGAACCUGUUCCUCGUGUCGGACAACCGGCACGCCGGCUUCCACCGCGUGGACCUCGGGUGGGGCGAGCCGAUGUACGGCGGCCCCGCGGCGACGCUGUUCGGGGUGAGCUUCUUCGUCCACGUCGAGAACGGCGGCGGGGAGGAGGGUGCGGUUGCCGUGAUGAUCGUGCUGCCGCGGCCGGCCAUGGACAGGUUCUCGUCGGAGGUGGAGGCGUUGUUGAAGGGCUAGUAGUGUACCCUUGUCCGUUCCGGCAUUGUAGGAACUAGAGCAACUAGGAAGUCAUAGCCUGGCUCCUGAUUCCUCCUUGCUCGGUUGCUCCUUGGUGUGAAAAAUAAUGUAAGGAAGAUUAUCAUGCCCCUUUUCAAUUAGUUGA